AUGUUUAAGGAAUCAGAACAAUGCCAGAACAAACCUAAAAGAACGCAAAUCUUGGGAUAUAAAAGGGACGAGGGGCUCAUUUCUUUCUUGAAUUUUGUAUCUCAUCAUCCUUCACUGAACUUCAAUCUCAACACAACAAAACUGAUAUUCACGAACGAUAUUCAACCUUACAACAUCACACAUAACACACUCAUCGCCAAGAAGCAACAAGUCAUCAUGAAUAACUUGAUCUCGGUAGUCGUUUCAGCGCCCGCACGCCUCGCCGCUGCCACGGUCGGCCGAUUCCGUAACUGGGUGCGAGACAGACCGCAGCCAGAGGUGGAAGAUGAACCAGUGACAGACAUCAUCAUUAGCAUUCACUAUUACACCUUUGAUGAUGCCCCCGAGCUAGACGACGUCAAUGAGCCUCCAGCAGAGACUGACUGA